UCUCGGGACUCACCGAUGAUCGCACAGGAAAGCUGACACGACUGACUAAAAAAAAAUAUGUUUCAGUUUUAAUCAGUUCACUCUGCUUUUUCAUGAUUUCAUUUUAGUUACAGUAAAUCAUGUACGUUCCUAGCGAUCAUAUUUUUACAACAGUAAACAGUGAUGACAGUGGUUAAUAAGUCACAGAAACUUGCUGCAGAAAUUGGAGUACGACUGUUCUUAUUUGUAUUUUACUACAUAAGUGAUGAUGGUACUCCAUACUUUCGAAAGAUCCAACCGGAGGAAUUCUGGCUGUACAGAUAUCCAAGAACACCAAGUUAUUACCCAGGAUAUCUUCUUUGGAUUACUAUUCUUGGAGUACCAACAAUUGUAGCAACUGUAUAUUUCAUCAAACACAGAGAUAAAACAGACUGGCAACAGGCUAUAUUAGGUGUUGUGUUAUCUAUCUACCUGACUGCUUCUGUUACAAAUUGUAUAAAGCUAGCUGUUGGAAGGCCCCGUCCAGACUUUUUAGAGAGAUGUUUUCCAGAUGGUAAAAUCAACAAUGAACUAAAAUGUACAGGAAACACAGCAGACAUCAUUCAGGGAUAUAAAAGUUUUCCCAGUGGACAUUCAUCAUUUGCAUUUUCCAGUUUCGGAUAUGUUGCACUUUACAUUGCAGGAAAAUGUCAGUGUUUUACAUUAAAAGGCAGAGGGCAUGCCUAUAAACUUUGUAUGGUAUUUAUUCCCCUUGUAUGGGCAACCUUAAUUGCAGCUUCAAGAACAGCUGAUUUUCAUCACCAUUGGCAAGAUGUGAUAGUAGGCAGUAUAUUAGGACUAGUGAUAUCAUACUUAUGUUACAGACAGUACUAUCCAUCAGUAUACAGAUCUAAUUGCCAUAUACCUUACAUUAGUGACAAUACUUCACGGGACGUUGAAUUACAAGUUAUUAAGGAUCAUAUUAAUAUACCAUAAAAAUAAAGUAAAAUUAUAUUGAAAUCCAGAUAUAAGAGGGAAAUAUCUCUGAAAAUUUGUUAUCAUUUGUAAAACGGACUUAAUUUUGUGCUAUAAGUGUUGGAAUGAAAUAUUAAUUUAUGAAAGGUUUUUGGAUAAUACAAAUUUUAUUUUAAACAGCUAGCAUUUGUAGUUUUAAUACCACUGGAUAUAUAAAAAUGGUUGUUUAUUUUAUACCGUCUUCACAUAUUUGUUACUUUUGUUUUAUAGUUUUUUGUAUUUAUUGAGAUCAUGCUUAUUAAAAUUGUUUUUGC